GCCUCCCUGGGUGGCCGGCUCGGGCGGCGCGCGGCCGCGGAGGUCUGUGUGCGCCGCGGCGGGUGUCCCGCGUUGCCAGGCUGGGCCCGCGCCGACCGGAGGUAUUCUCAUCUGUAGUCUUUACCAGCCAUUGUGGUUCAAUCAAUUAGUAACAGAGAAGAAUCAUUAAAUAGGAGAAAAUGUCAAAUCUAAAAAUGAAAGAGGCAGCCCUUGUCUAUCUUGACAGAAGUGGAGGGCUCCAAAAGUUUAUAAAUGAUUGCAAAUACUACAAUGAUUCAAAACAAAGUUAUGCUGUCUAUCGAUUCAAUAUUUUAAUAAACCCUUCUGAUAUUGUUGAAUUAGAUGCUGAACUUGGAAAUCACAUUUUACAUCAUCCUGUAAAAGCUGCUGAAGUUUUUCAAUCAGUCUGUUUUAUUGCUGUUAAGACUCUGUCAUUAAUUGGACAAUUACAGACUGAAACUCAAAUUAAUAUAGUGCUGAAGUUAACACAUUUACCUGCUCUGCCAAGUUAUAGUCUUAAUUUUUGUGAGUUUCCACUUGAUUAUACAUCUCAAAGAUUUUAUAUGAUGCAAGGGAUUGUGAUUGCAAUGACAACUGUAACCAAGUAUACACAAGGAGCAAGAUUUCUUUGUUCAGAUGACGCAUGCCCUCUUUCAGAAGGAUUUCAGUAUAUAAGAGUACAUGCUCCUGGUGCUACAGAAUCUGCAACAGUAAGAAAUGACUUUUUGUGCAAUCUGUGUUCUUCUUCACUUCAAGAAGACAGAAAAUUUAGAGUGCUUGGUGAUAAACAGAUAGUUGAAAUAAUUACUGCAAAGGCACUUCAUGCUUUUCAAGGACAUUCUAAUAAUCAGCCUUUUAGGUUUCAAUCUUUUACAAUUUUCCUAAGAGAUGAAUUGGUGAAUAAAAUGAGUAUUGGAAAUGAGUAUAAAAUUAUUGGAAUUCCAACCUGUGUAAAAAGUUUACAAACUUCUGUCUGUAUAGAGGCAAACAGCAUCACUUUUUGCAAUCCAAAAGUUCCUUCAGGAAUUAGCGACAAUUUCAGAUGUCUCCUCUCUCUGAUUUCCAGCUCAUGCUGGAAGUUUACAGCAAUACUUGCCAAUGUCUUUGCAUCACACAUCGUUCCUCCCGGGACUUACAAUUUUCUCAAGCUCUGUUUGCUGAUGAGUCUAGUUCAGACAAGUGACUCUAACAAGGAACUGGAAGAUUGCCUGGAUAUUUUAAUUAUAACAAGUGAUACUCUACUUGUAGAUAGGCUUUUGAAUUAUAGUAUAAACCUCGUGCCCCGUGGUAUACGUCAUCCAGUCUCUACUGAAAUUUUUCCUACUCUAUUCAGGAAUAACUAUGGAACUGGAGCGGUUAGCAUUCAAGCUGGCAGUGCUUUGUUAGCUAAAGGUGGUAUCUGCUUUAUAGGAGACUUGUCUUCAUACAAAAAAGAUAAACUUGAACAGCUUCAAUCAGUUAUGGAAAGCAGAAGCAUUACAGUAUACAUCCCAGGAAAGAAGUUUGGGGAUGAUAGCAAUCAACAAACCACCUUUCCCAUUCAGUGCAGUUUUUGGUCUUUCGUUGAUAUGGAUUCAUCUUCAAGGAAAAAUAUGCAGAAAACCAAUACUCUAAUUGGCCAGAUGGAUUGUAGCUUGAUUCCAGCUAAUCUUGUAGAAGUAUUUGGAUUAUUGAUUAACUGUAAUGAAUCAUCUCCUUGUCACCAAUUUCUUCCUACUGUGCAUCAUACUUUAAAGAAAGCCAUUGAUCCUGAAGGGCUGCUUUAUUUAGCUUCUAAACAGUUCACAACAGAAGAUUUUGAAAAGCUGCUGGCUUUUGCAAAGAAUUUGAAUGUAGAAUUCAGCUUGGAGGCAGAAAGAAUGGUUCAUGGCUAUUAUCUAGCAAGUCGCAGAAUCAGAACAGAUUCUAUAUGUGGAUCAAAACUGUCAGCAUCUGCAUUAAAAUAUUUAAUUUCCCUUUCUGAAGCCCAUGCUCGACUAAACAUAAGGAAUAAAGUGCUUAAAGAAGAUGUACUAAUUGCAGUCUUAUUAUUUGAAACAUCUCUCACAUUGAAAUAUGGGGCUACUGCAUUUUGUGUUGCUCCAAAUGCAGUAUUUCCAUUCGAACUAUAUAAUGAAGAAUAUUUAGAACAAAGGGAUAUCUAUCUGACUCAGUGCCAGCAACAGCUCCUACAGUUUAUUGCCACAUAUGGACCUGGGACAGCUGUUUUCGCUAGUGAUGAAUAGGCAAUCUGAGAAUUUUCCUCAUUCCUACUUCAGCAGUAGAAAAAGUGUGAUAUUGAAGUAAUGCUUCAGGUAAUAUUGUGUAUAGGAGUAUUUUAGAAUGCCACCUUAGAAAUAUAAAAUAUGCUCUUUUGAAAUUGCUAAUAAUUAGUGUAAUUCAAAUCUCAAAGCCAACAAGCAGAAAUUUAAAACUUAGGAGAAUCUUUUAAAAAACAAUUCUGGCUAGCCCAGCAUACCAGUGGGCAACAGAUAAAAAUACUGAAUGUUUCAAGUUAAGCAAUGUAAAAAAAAUGGUAACUUUUAUGUAGUUCCCUCCAUUUGUCACAAGAUGGCAAUAGCACUUUAGAAUACCUACAGAUUAGUUUUUUCUUGCACUUGAGAACUGAUACCUUGAGUAAAUUAAUUUAUAUAACCAGAAGUCUCAAAUUUAAGGACUUUUUGUUUUACUAAAUAUUGACAUGUCCAUCACAUGUAGUUUUAGGGAGUCAGGAAAAGCCUCAAAAUGUUUCCAUUUUUUAAUAAGCCAGGUUAAACAAAAAAAAGGAAUUUUAAGUCAAAUUAAGCAGUAAUUGGCUAUUUAAACCUAACUGGUUAUAAGGUACCAGAAGGCAAAGAAACAAAUAGUCUUCAUUUUGAGAGGGCAGAUACCUUCUCUGAAAAAAGAAACCAUGAGAAAAUAUACAAGUUAUUACAAUGAGACUCAAUAGAGGAAAAUAAGGCAGAUUUUCACCAAGGUAGGAACAGAGUUCAUUCUUAGAAUUUUCAUAAAUUCUAAAGUCUUGGGAAGACUGGACUGCCCACCCACCGUUUUCCUUAAUUACUUGUGCUAGGAUUGUGAUUACUUUUUGUAAUAAUUUGAUAAAAGCAAAUUAAAACUUAUAGGUUACAGGUGAAGCUAGUUGUGAGGGGCAAUUCAUUAGGGAGUUUCCAACUAUACUCGUCCUCCUUAUCCAUGGGGUAUAUUCCAAGAUCCCACAUGGGUACCCUGAAAGCAUUAAUAGUAGCAAACUUUUUCCUAUAUGUACCUGUAAUAAAGCUUAAUGAGGCACAAUAACAGGUCUAAUAGCUACUAACCUACAAUGUACUGAAUAAAAGAUUCUCACUCUUUAGAACUGCUUGCAAUUAUAAAACUUAGGAAUUACUUCUGGAUUUUUCCAUGUAACCCUUUUGGACUGUGGGUAACUGAGGCAAUGGAUAACAGGAUUGUAUUAUUUCAGAUAAACAGGUUCUGAAGGGAGGUCCUCUAGUACACAGGUUAGGGCCUCUCCAGAUAACCCUAAGGCAAGAAAGGCUGUGACAACUGGGGGUUCUGGAAAUCUCCCCAGUUGCCUGCCAUCUGAAGAAUUACUUUCCACAAAUAAGUGAGUUAACAUACUAUUCCUCAAGUAUGUAAAAAACAAGUCUGACUAAUGACUAUGAGAAUGGAGUGGUUUAAAGGACCUGAUGUUUUAAAGAAAACAGGUUUUAAUGCCCAUCAAUUAAAAGUAUUCAAGCAUGUGUUUUCUAUAUAACUUUAUUGUGAUUUUCUAUAUAAUUUAUUGAUCAUUGUUAAAUAAAAUAUUACUUUUCAUAAUUUGCUUCAGUUCUUAUCUUCUUGACCAAUUCUUUUGUUUUUUUUUCUUCCAAAAAUGUCACAGGCCACACCUGGGG